UUGGCUUCUUUCUUCUACUUCCGGUUAAAGUUGGAACAGAAACUGAGAAAGAUCAUUUGUACAGUUUUAAGUGCAUCAAGAAAAUGCCUGAACGUGGUGAAACCGAGGUGUUCUCAAAUCCACUGCCUCCACAGAAUUUUGAGGAUUUUGGAGAAGAUGAUGAAGGGCAACAUCUUACCAAUGAGGAUUUCCGUAAGAUGCUUAUGACCCCCCGGGUCUCUUCUUCGGGUUCAGCGUCCUCCUCUACAGUUCAUCACGGAACAAAGCCAGCAGUGACACAACACAAGAAACCUGUAGUGCCAUUACCAGAAGAAGAUGAAGAUGAUCCGGCAACAAGAAGGAGAAAAAAGAAAAUUUACUAUGCCAAGCUUAAGCGACUUGAAGAAGAGAGACAGAAGGAACUGGAGUCAAAAUACAGAGACAGGGCCAGGGAGAGGCGAGAUGGUGUCAAUAAGGAUUAUGCAGAGACAGAGAUUAUCAGCACCACUGCAGAUUAUCGAGCUGUGGCUCCAGAUGUAAAGGCGGGAGACAACUACGCCGAGAAACGUAAGCAGCUGAUCCAGGAGUCCAAGUACCUGGGAGGUGACAUGGAGCAUACUCACUUGGUAAAAGGUCUGGACUUCGCCCUGUUGGAGAAGGUGAGAGCAGAAAUCAGCUACAAGGAGCGCGAGGAAGAGGAGAUAAUGGAGGAGGUGGUCACCCAGAAGAAAGAAGAUAAAGAAGUGGACCAAGAGGAGCAAAUGCAUUUUAAAACCAGAAUGGGCAGGAGCAUCUUCAGGACGUUAUUUAAAAGUAAAUUUCCGGAGAGGAACGAGCUGUUUCUGCCGGGACGGAUGGCGUAUGUGGUGGAUCUGGAAGAUGACUAUGCAGAGAACGAUGUACCAUGUACCACCAUCCGCAGCAAAGCCGACUGUCCCAGUCUGGAGGCCACGACAACCCUCACCACCAAUGACAUCGUCAUCAACAAGUUGACCCAGAUUCUGUCCUAUUUAAGACAAGGGCGCAGAGAAAGCAAGAAACUCAAGAAGAAAGAGAAAGGAAAAAAUAAAGAUGAUGACAAACCUAAAGAAAAACUACCUGGAGCUGAUGACAAUAUCUACACUGAUGUUGGAGAUUACAUGCCCUCCUACUCAAAAUCCAAGGACAAGAAAGACAAGAAGGACCGUGGUCGAGAUAGAGACCGAGACGAUCACCGAGAUAG